CCAUCAUCAUCCUCCAACGAUGUAAUGAGUAAUCCAACCCCAGCGCUGACAAUCAAAUAAAUCAAUAUAACCCCUCAAUCCUUCCUGCAUUUACCCAUCCCCAGCCAGCAACAGCUGCAUAAUUUAUAUAUAAACCACCAAACACCCCUCACAAAUUCUCACAAUGCCACAACCACCACCACCACAACCCCACCCCAUCAUCCCCAACCCCCUCUCCCACCACCACACCCCCGGCUCCAAAGUGGCGCGCGAAGAAGACAUCAAAGCCUACGGCUUCAGCGCCCUUCCCCGCUCCACCGCCGCCCUCCUUGCCAGCCGCGUCGACUCAAAGCAACCUACCGAGUUGAGCGUGGUUGAUAUCCCCCUCCCCGAUUCGCCGCUCGUUACCAAGGUUAUCGAGUAUGGGAGAAAGGAAUUGCCCGUGGAGACGUUUAACCAUAGUAUGCGUGUGUUCUACUACGGGAUCGCAAUAGCUAAAUUCUCCUUCCCCGACCUCCUAACACCAAGCUGGAUCGCAACAUACCUGCUCACCUCCCUCCUUCACGAUAUCGGGACGACGCCGAUGAAUAUCACAUCCACGCUCCUGAGUUUCGAGUUCCACGGCGGAUUGCUGGUGUUGGAUUUAUUGAAGAAGGAGGGGGCGCCAACGGCUCAGGCGGAGAGCGUGGCGGAGGCGGUGAUAAGGCAUCAGGAUUUGGGGGAGACGGGGUGGGUGACGAGUGUUACGGCUUUGGUGUUGUUGGCUACUAUUUUCGACAACAUAGGCAAGAACGCAGAACUCGUACACCCCCAAACGAUCAUGAACGUGACGAAUGCGUAUCCGCGCCUCAAGUGGUCGCAGUGUUUCGCGCAUACGAUUGGGCAGGAGAUGGAGCUGAAGCCGUGGGCGCAUAGUAGUCAUUUGGGGGAGAAGGAGUUUAGGGAGGGGGUGUUGGGGAAUACGUUGAUGGAACCGUAUGAGUGAGCACGCGGUAUAUGCUGGGGGA